UAUAGAGAAAACAUAAACAUAACCUCAAAAUGUCUGAGACAAUGUCUUCGUGUAAUGAAAGUGCAUUUAUAGGCUCGAAAGAUGAAUAUUUAAACGAGACUUUUGAUGGAAGUACAGAUUAUCGUAAAAUACAUUUACAAAAUGAAAAUUAUCGUCAAGAAUUACACGAAUUACAUCUAAAACUUAUCCAUAAUGAAGCUAUGCAAAGGGAACUUCAAGAAGUUAAUGAAUCAUUGGAACAAUUGCUAAUAAAGGAAAAAGAGAAAGCAGAAAAAAAACUUCACGAUAUUCAAGAAAAAAACCGGGAAACUAAAGAAGCGUAUGAAAAUCAACUUAGUGACCUAGGAAUAAUAUUAGAAAAUAAAGAAAAAGAAAAUAAGGAAUUAUAUGAUUCAUUACAUCAAUUCAAAGUUAAAACAUCACAAGAUAAUUCAUAUAAAACCGAUGAUAUUGAAGAAAAGUUAACACCAUUAAAAGAGCAGAUCCAAGAACUUUUAAUCAAUUUAGAAGAUGAAAAACGAAAAAAAGAGGAUGCUGAAGAAACUAUUAAAGAUAUUAAAAAUCAAGUUUUUGAACUUCAAGAAAUUUUAGAAGUAACUAAAAAUAAUUUGAAAGAAAAAAAUGAAGUAUUAGAAAGUAUUCGUGAAGAAUUAGUUAUUUGUCGUUCAGAGAUAGAAACAUUGAAAAUUGUUCCUGCUAGUGAAUCGUGCAAAGGUAAUUCUUUGUUUGCUGAAGUUGAGGAUCGACGUCAACUUGCGGUAAAUAAAGUAACUAUUUUAAAAAAGAAAUAUGAUGAACUAAAACAAGCAUAUGAUAUAAAAGCUGAAGAAGUUAAAACUCUUAAAAUAGAGAAAGCAUCUAUAUUAAGAAAAUGGGAUGAAUAUGUAAACAUAUUUUCAGAAGAUAAUGAAUUAAUAAAUAAAUAUAAAAACAGAAUUCGAGAUUUGGAAAAAAAAUUAUUAGAAGUUCAACAAACUAAUACCGAAACGAAAACAAUUGAUAACUCCUUUAGCUAUUUGGAGUCAUUACUAGCAGAGAAAAAAAAAGAAAUACAGGAGUUACAUCAGAGGAUUGAACGUGAUUCUGUUGAUAUGUUACUUCAAACUGAAAUAAAACAUAAAAUAGCUAAACAACUUCAAUACUGGCAAUAUAAAGCAAUGUAUAUGGAAGCACAAUUAUCAGCAAUUAAAAGUCAGUUAGAAUUGGAAAAUGCAAUUUCAUCAGAUUAUAAAUUAUUUUUUGAAGCAAUAGAACAACACAGGACUAUUUAUAAAGAUUUUCCUGAUAAAGAAGAAAUAAUAUUAGAAAGUGAUAUAAAAAAUAUAGAAAAAGUUACAUCAGAAUUAACAACAUUAAAAAAUACAUUACCAAUUAAUUACCUUAAGUCUAAGAACAUGCUACAAACAACUAGUAAUAUAGAUACCGUAUAUAAAUCAGAUCUAUUAAUAAAUAAAUCAUAUAAAGCAGAUAUUGAUAAAAAUUGUCUUGAUCAUGACAAUGAUAGCACAUCCAAAUUUGAAGAUACAAAAUUGGAAGGAAACGCGAACAUAGUACAAUGCAAAAUAAUAGAGAACAAUACAAUACUAGAUCUUAAAGCAACUCAUAUUGAAACAACAGAUUUAAAUUUAAUUGGAGAAGUACAAAAACCGCAGAAAAUUGUACAGUUUGCUGAAGAUACAAAAAAUUCAUUAAGUGACAAUUCCAUAAUAAAAAAGAAGCAAAAUGAAGAAAAAAAGAAAAUUAGAAAACAAUACAAAACUAUAUAUAUUUCAUCUGAAUCAUCUAAAUAAAAGACUAAAGAUAUUGUGACAAUGAAUGGAAAAUUGUAAAUGUAUAUGCAAUUCUGCUUUAUAAUUGUAUUUUUAUAUGUAAAACUACCCUUG